AUGUCUUCAAAAGAUGAAUCUUUAUACCUAGGAUUUGAUCUCUCCACCCAACAACUAAAAGCAAUUGUGGUAUCAUCUUCCCUCAAAGUCCGAUACGAAGCUAAAGUCGACUUUGAUGCCGACCUCUCCAAAUAUGGCAUCAAAAAAGGUGUACAUGUCAAUGAAGCCGAAAGAGAGGUUUACGCACCAGUGGCCAUGUGGCUCGAAGCUGUCGAUCUAGUUCUUCAACGACUUUCGGAAAAAUCUUGUCCGUUCCAUUUGAUUAAGGGAAUUUCAGGCUCAGGUCAACAACAUGGAAGUGUUUACUGGAGCCAAAAGGGUGAAGAGGUACUAGGAGCUUUGGAGACGAAAAAGACUUUGGUAGAGCAGUUAAAGGAUACGUUUGCGCAUCCGUGGAGUCCUAAUUGGCAAGAUGCGAGCACGCAAGAGGAAUGUGAUGCUUUUGAUCGGGAGUUGGGAAGUGAGGAGAAACUAGCAGAAGUUACAGGGAGUAAAGCCCAUCAUCGAUUCACGGGGCCACAAAUCAUGCGUUUCCACAAAAAGUAUCCAGAGGUCUACCGCCGUACUUCUCGUAUAACCCUCGUCUCAUCUUUCCUCGCAUCUUUAUUCCUUGGGAAAAUUGCUCCCUUUGAUAUUAGUGAUGUUUGCGGCAUGGAUCUCUGGGACAUAAAAUCCGGAUCUUGGAGCGAGCCUCUUCUCACCCUUGCAGCUGGCUCCGAUGGUCUUGCUUCCUUGAAAUCCAAACUUGGGGAGGUACGAGAAGAUGGCGGCGGAAGCAUGGGUUCUAUAUCCCCGUAUUUCACAUCUCGCUAUAACUUCCCCACCGACUGUGGAAUCGUUCCUUUCACCGGCGAUAAUCCGGCCACAAUCUUGGCCCUCCCUCUUCGCCCCAUGGACGCUAUCGUCUCCCUCGGAACAUCCACAACCUUCCUUAUGCCAACCCCCAAUUACGUCCCAGAUCCUGCUUACCACUUUUUCAACCAUCCUACUACAGCGGGUCUCUACAUGUUCAUGCUUUGCUAUAAGAACGGAGGUCUCGCCCGCGAGAAAAUUAGAGAUGCUCUCCCCAUAUCCAAAACCUCAGAUCCAUGGUCCAACUUCAACAAAGCGGCCACAGAAACCCCACCUCUCGCUCAAGAGUCACCUUCUGAUCCAGCAAAACUAGCUCUUUAUUUUCCUCUCCCAGAAAUCGUGCCAAAUGUUCGGGCCGGCACUUUCCGAUACGAAUCCUCACCAGGCAAUACACUAAAUGAAGCCAAAACGCCAUAUGAUCCAGAAACGGAUGCUCGUAUCAUUGUAGAAUCUCAAAUCCUUUCUUUACGUCUUCGCUCGCAGAAAUUGGUUACUUCACCUUCGAAGGAUAUACCAGCUCAACCUCGUCGUAUCUAUCUUGUAGGUGGUGGCUCGCAUAAUCCGGCCAUUGCGAAAAUUGUGGGCGAGGUGCUGGGUGGGGUAGAGGGGGUAUGGAGAUUGGAUGUUGGAGGGAACGCGUGUGCUUUGGGCGGUGCUUAUAAAGCCGUUUGGGGUGUAGAGCGAAGCGAGAAAGAAAGGGGAAAGAUUGGAAGUGGAAAUGGGGCGAAAUGGGGAGGGGAAAGUUUCGAUGAAUUAAUAGGAAGAAGGUGGAAAGAAGAGGGUGCUAUUGAGAGGAUAGAUGAGGGGUAUAGACCUGAGGCGUGGAAGAAAUAUGGGAGUGCUCUUGGAGCUUUCGAGGAGAUGGAGAAGGUGAUUCUGGAGGGCGAGGAAAGGUUUAAGAAGUGA